AUGGAUCAGAAUAGAGCUGAUGUGCUAAGUGAAACCUGUGACAUAAUAAGCAUCACCUUUCCUAGAAGAAUUCAGACCAUGAGGCCUCAGAUUGAAUGGCCAGGGUCAGAGUAUGUGGAGGGAAUCAUCGAAUUCCUCAUGCUGAAGCUAAAUGGUCAGACCGUGGAGAUUGACCAGGUCCAGCCCGUGGUCCAUCCACAGUUUACUCCCUUCUGUACAGAGCUCCCAGGGAUUAUUCGAGCCAUAGUGGGUGGUCAGCCCAGCCUGCAACAAGUGCUGGAGAGGGUCGGUGAGUGGAUGGAGAAAGAAGGCCUCUUAGAUCCAAACAUCAAAUGUUUUGUCACCCGUGGAGGAUGGGACUUGAAAGUCACGCUUCUGGGCCGGUGCCAGUACUCGAGCUUGCCAAUGGGAGAUUACUUCCAGCAGCGGGUUAAUCUGAAAAAGGCUUACACCUUCACCAUAGGCUGCUGGCCCAACGAUGGACUUCUAGACAUAAACAGACAUAGACAUACAGGCAGGGCCCAUGGCAGCAUUGAUGACUGCAAGAACAUUGCCAACAUCAUGGAGACACUUGCAUAUCAAGGGGUCAUUGUCAAUAGAUAUCAAACCCAUUCUGUUUGGCUAAGGACAGGAUGGGGCAGGACAGGGUAG